AUGGAGGCCCCAGCAAGCAGGGGGACAAGGACCUGGAGGUGGCUCAUCCUGGGCUCCAGCAUCCUGUUGCUCCUGUGUGUUUCUGGGCUCAGCCAACCGGCCACAGAGAAGAUUAUUAAAGGCAAGGAGUGUGCCCGUCACUCACAGCCUUGGCAAGUAGGGCUGUUUGAGGGCACCAGUCUGCGUUGUGGGGGGGUCCUCACUGGCCGCAGAUGGGUCCUCACAGCUGCUCACUGCAGUGGCAGCAGGUACUGGGUGCGCCUGGGGGAGCACAGUCUUAGCCGUCUGGACUGGACGGAGCAGAUCCGACGCAGUGGCUUCUCCGUGACCCACCCCGGCUACCAGAGAGCCGGGCACAGCCAUGACAAUGACCUCCGGCUCCUGCGACUGGGCACACCCGUCCGCUUGACCCGCAGCGUCCAGCUCCUGCCCCUGCCCACCACCUGUGCAGCGGCUGGCACCAAAUGCCACAUCUCAGGCUGGGGCAUCACCAAUCAGCCAGGGAAACCAUUCCCGGACCUGCUCCAAUGCCUCAAUGUCUCCAUCGUUUCCAGUGCUGCCUGCCAGGCUCUGUUCCCCGGGAAAAUCACGGACAACAUGGUGUGUGCCAGCGGCGCUGAUGGGGCGGAUGCCUGCCAGGGUGACUCUGGAGGACCCCUGGUGUGUGGAGGAGUCCUUCAAGGUCUGGUGUCCUGGGGAACUGUGGAGCCUUGUGGGCAAAAAGGCAUCCCAGGAGUCUACACCAACAUUUGCAAAUAUGUGGACUGGAUCCGGAUGGUCAUGAGGAACAACUAG